AUGAAAGUUAUCAUUGUGGCUGUCAUUGCUUGCCUGACAUUUGUGUCGGCUCUUCCCCAGGUUGAGCGGGGCUCAAUAUAUGCACCCAGUGGAAGGUUUGCCUUGACCGAGAACUGGGCAGCUCCACCAGUUGAUCUGAGCCAACCCAUUGUAAUCCUGCCCGUGGCAACACCCAUCACUGAAGAACCCCAAGAACCCAAACUCACAGCCCGGCAUUUGACUGGUUGUCCUAAUAUUUAA